AUGGCAGAGGAAACGCUGCAGAGGAAGAAUCGUGCCUUGAAACGGACGCAGAGGUGGGAGGCUCAUAUCUGGCAGGAGGGCAAGCAGAUCUACCUUGGUGGCUUCGAUGCCGAGGAGCAGGCUGCUCUGGCCUAUGACCUGGCUGCCCUCAAGUUUCGUGGGCCAGACGCUCAGAUCAACUUCGACAUCAGCAAUUACGAGCAGGAGCUCCUGCACUUCAAUGAUGUCACAAAAGAGGAGGUUGUACAGAACCUGCGGCGGCAGAGCAAGGGGUACCAGAAGACGAGCAGCCAGUUCCGGGGGGUCACGCGCCACCAGAAGGGCAAGUGGGAAGCCCGAAUUGGCCAAAUGGUCGGCAAGAAGUACAAGUACCUGGGCCUGUUUGCGACAGAGCUGGAGGCGGCGCAAGCAUAUGACCGCGAGUCAGUCCUGCGCAAGGGCAUUGACGCGGUCACCAAUUUUGACCUGUCAGAGUACAGCGCACUGCUGAGCCCGGCAGAACAGGAGCUGGCUAUCCAGCGCGGCAUCAUUCCAGCUGCAAGCUUUGCUACCCAGACCCAGCUGAACCCGCAGGCAGAGCAUCCACCUCACCCCGACUCAGCCCUGCUCUUCAGCAGCAGCCGCCCUCCCCUCAGCCCCCAACUCAGAGCAGGAGCCGACCUCCAACAGGUGCCCCUGUAUGAGCAGCACGCGCAGCUGCAGGGCUACAGCAACAUGCCCGCGCUACAUGCAGGUGCCGAACAGCCACAUUCAAUGCCGCCAUGUGCGCUUGCGGUGCAUAGCUCCAAGGGGAUGCCGCGCCAGAUCACGCCCAAGUCCAUCUUUGAGUGGCAGCCCCAAUCCGGCACAGCCUCCCCCACCACACCCAACAUCGGGCUCCUGCAGCAGCAGCUCGAUGACCCAGGGUUCAAGGACAGCGGCCCGGACAGCCUGGAGGAGAGGAUGCAGCACUUGGCGGAGGGCGCCUUUGAUCUCAGCAGCGGUGCUGGCGCGGUGCAGCCGCCCCACACAGGCCACCACCUGGCGAUGCUGUUUGAAGACUGGACGUACGAUCACCUGGAGCCCCUCUGA